AGACUUUGCAGAGUUCCUCGCACGUCAUAACUUCCUUCGCGUGGAUCACUCUUGGAUGUGUCUGCCGUUGCAGCCGACUCUGAACUGCUUUGAUUUCUGGCCUCUUCCCGCCUCUCGAUGUAUCUCUCUCGGGGAAUUCGAGGCCCGCUUACGCAACGUUGCUCGAGUUCGCCUGCGCGCCAGCGACGCUAUAUACUCAGUCUGGCACACACUGUACACUUGGCUGGCUGCGGCGGAAAGGCUGCUCUGCGCAAGGCUGACGCAAAACUCCUACGGCUGUCUACCGAACAAUACACAACUGCACUGGCAGGGACACUGACACGCUAGAAUCGACUGCGAGAAUCGACGUGCGGCUGCUGAGAGAGAGAGAGAGAGAGCGCCGGCCGCCAAUCCAUUAGCCCCCCAUGUUGCGUCUCGGCCGUUGGCUCUUCUGCCGCACCUCUCGGCGCAGUAGCUGUAACAGCAUCGAGGAGGCGAUCGAGCGGCACACGAGAAUCAGCCGGGAACACCUGACGCCCGAGAUAGGCCUGCACCUGCUCACCCCCGACUGCCCGCUGUACACCGUGCCCCUGGAGGAUAGCGAGCCGGUCAAGUACUUCGAGGAGCCGUUCUGGUCGAUCUACUGGCCCGGGGGCCAGGCCGUGGCCAGGUACAUCCUCGACGAGGGCAAGAGCUUCCUGGGCGGAGGCUCCAGGCUGCUGGACAUCGGAGCCGGCUGCGGAGCCGCAGCCAUAGCCGCGAGGAUGAUCGGAGCCGGGGACGUUCUGGCCAACGACAUCGACGAAGUGGCCUGCGUAGCGGCUCGGAUGAACGGCCGUCUGAACGACCUCGAGAUCCGGACCAGCAGCCAGAAUCUACUGCUGCAGCCGAGGACAAGCCCGGGCGAGUUCGACGUCGUGGUCAUAGGCGACCUGCUGUACGACGAGGCUCUUGCCUCGAACCUGGAAGCCUGGCUGGACGGCAGCCUCGAGCCCGGGACGAAGAUUCUUCUGGGCGACCCGGGACGCCACGGGCUCGGUCCGAGUCUCCGGAAGAGACUCCGACACCUGCGCACCUAUCCGCUGCCGGAUAACGUGCGCCGCGAGAAUCACGGCUACGCCGAGGCCGCCGUCUGGCAGUUCAUGCAGCGGCAGUAGGGCCAGCGCGUUUAUGGCGUGGAGAGGAGCUGCUGUCGACGGAAAUUUGAUUCUCCUGCAGGAAUUGGGAGACUGCGGCGCCGAUGGCGAUGCGAGGAACGCGACGGCUGCUCGGAAUUGCGCGGGGAACAAUGCUGUAAUCCUCGCGCGUGACUAUUGUUCUCUCGAUCGCAAGCGAGGGUAGCUCUGGAAAAAUCUUGGUAUCUCCUAACGUCCCGCCCAUGUAUAUUGUAAUGAAGCAGAGAAUAAAGGUUAUUUUUGUACUCUUUAAA